AUGUCUCUAUACGCACAAACCGGAGGUGACAUUAUGAACAUGCACACUUUCUGGAACGAAACAAACGCGCACAAUGAGACUCACAUGGACACUGUGUUUUUAAUAUUCAACUGCACAGUCUUGACUUUAUCAUUAGUUUUGGGUUUACCCGGAAACUUGUGGGUUUGCUGGGUCGUUUUCAGGACCAAGAGCUUGCAGACUUUUAAUAACGCGCUGCUGGUCAGCUUGGCCGCCAGUGACCUCCUGAAGUGCUCUGUGGACAUACCGCUGCUGCUCUUCUCUUUCCUGCGUUACGGGAAGGACAGCCAGGUGUCGGUGUCCGUGUGCACCCUGCAGCAGUUCACCUAUGCUCUAUGCAGCUGUGUCCAGCUGCUCACUCUGGUCAGCAUUAGCGUGGAGCGGUUCCAAGCUAUCGCGUUUCCUUUCCAAACCGAGAGGAGGAAAGCCAGGGUCCGUCUCUGGAUCCUGUCCAUCUGGGCAUGCGGCCUCAUUUUGGCUGUAAUCUCUCUGACUCUUUCCAGAAAGGCGCUUUUUUACAUGCUCUGCCGUCCGCACCUCGGGGGUCAUGGCGACGAUCGUCUGCAAUAUUCGGAUCCAUUCGGACCCUACGUGCUGGUCCCGGUCUGGGGAUUGUCUCUGACUGUGAUCGUCAUCCACUACGUGCGCAUUUUCAAAGUUGUAAGACAGCACCGGAAGAAAGUGUUCAGCCGGGGAGUCCAGCUGAGGCCGACCGUGACGGAACAUGUGUACGGCUGGCUGAGUGUGCCUGCUUCAGCACCACGGACAGCUCCGCCCGGCUCCCUCAGCCCGCUGCCUCCCCGCCGGACGGUGCUCCUUGUGGCCGAGGCCAGUGCCCCCUUUGCGUGCUCCUCCAGAGGGGGCGCCCCGGGGAGACCUCCGGAGAUUGUGGGGGCAGUGUGUCUGCUGACACCUGGGGCCAGGGAGCGGGGCAAGAAACGGAUGGAGGGCAGGCUGGCCCAGCGUUUUGGGUACAUAAUCAUUGCGUUCACACUCUCCUGGGUGCCCAUGGUGGUUAUUUUGCUGAUAAACGUCAUCUCGUGGCAAGACACGGACAAACUGCUGAUGGAGCUGGAGACAUCAGCUAUGGUGCUGACCUGCGUGCAGGCUGCAGUGGAUCCCCUCAUCUUUACUUUAGUUACCAGACAGUUCCACUCUGAGCUAAGCAAGGUCCUCUCCUCCAUCCCAUGGUGUCCCCUAAAACGGAGGGUCUGAAGGUUAAGUACUUUAUAAACAUUUGGGGUCACACGGACCGCACUUGGGGGAAUUGAAAAACACCAACGAAGCUAAAUACACACAAGCUGCUGCCUUGUGUUUCCACACACACACACACACAGAGGCGGGUGAAGAAGAGAGCCCACAGAUUUUGGUAUUUGUGGCAGAUAUAGAUGUUUUAUCAGGCGUUUCACAGUCGGGACACAAGACAAGGUCAUAAAUAAUAUCCAACACCUGACAAGAUACGCACAGCAGUAGUCUCAACAACGACAGGUGGCAUAGGAGGGCAAAGCAAAGAGUGAGAGGAAGGAACUGACUGAGCCCAUAAAAAAAGACAAUCAAAGGAAGGUACGUAACAGAGAGAGAAAGAGAGAGAAAGAGAAAGAGAGACAAACACAAUCACAGACCUCUGUUUUUGUUGUUUGUAAAUAAAAAAUGCAAUCCUUUUGACACUUUGAGCGGAGAUAUGCAUACAUAAUAAUUCAAAGUGUGUCAUUUGAAAGUGCGGCUGACACAAAACAACCUGUCGUGGAACAGGGAAGCGAUAAAGUAUAGUCACGUUUAAUCACUGUCCUAGCAACAAAAAAUACAGGGAACCUCACUUCUGCCGUUACCCAUGUCAUACCUUUGUUGUAGUCUUCAAUAGAUUCUAAAUGUCAGACUUGAUGCUGUGAAUAUGAAGUCAAUGUCUUCAACCCCAUUUUUAAAAUUACACUGGAAAAGCUCUGCUUGUCUGUGCUUGUCUUUUUUUUUUAACUCCAGGUAAAUCUGCGUUUACUAAACUCUAAUACUGGAUCUAGGCUGCUGUUGUCACUGUGUACAGUACUAUAUUACCAGCAAUAGUGCUAAGUCUCUGCUAAGAACAUCAGAGGUAAAACACACCCUGUCCCAACUCUGUAGACUUUUUUUUGGGUUGGUACUAACCUCAGGAUCAGAGGGAACUAAAGCACAACAGAGGAGUCUAAGGGACCUUGGGGUCUUGUGUUGUGAUGCACUGAUAUGGUACCAAUUAUGCUAUAUAUUUCCACCCAUAUUGGCUGAUAUGAUAAUAAUGAUGUGUGUGUUUUUUUUUAAUACAAAUGCGUGUAAAACUGUUUUUCAGAUGUCUCCAUAUUAAGGUAAUUAAA